ACUGUGAACCGGAAGUUAAGAGUGGAGUGCCUUGUUAUUACUCUAAGCUUACUGGUUUAGUUCAGUUUAGCCGUACACGUCCUGCGACCUGCGUCGCCAAGCCGACAUCAAGCCGAACACAAAGAGUACAAAAAUGUACGCCAGAAGUACCACAGGGGUAAAGUUGGAGGAAGAACUUUGUGGCGCAAAUGAGGAGCCACGACCUCAUCAAAUGCUGGAUGUCGUCUUCAACAAGAACCCUCGGGGAGGGCCGCGCAGAUCAGGCGUCAGUGAGGCUCAUCAUCCUGAAUGGCAGGAGUCCUCUCCCAUUGAAGAGGAGGAGGAUGAGGAAGAGUUCCUACACAUUAAAGAAGAAGAGCAGGAGGAUAUUAUGAAGGUUUCAUUAACUGGUAACCUUCUGAAGAGUGAAAAUGAAGGUUCAAGUGAGGAGAGCAGAGGGAUGGCUUCUCGGAGGAGCAGCAGCAGAAACUCAACAGAAGGUGAUGAAGACAACAGCGAGGGAUCACCAGGCGACGGCCUCAUAGCUCCAAUGUCAGAUAGUGAUAACGCAACGACACACUCUUCUGAUUGUGAUGAUAAUGACGGAGGGCACAAGAUGGUUCACCGUGACAAGAAACGCUGGGAAUGCUUUCAGUGCGGGAAAACCUAUAACCACAAUUCUGGGUUGCAUAGGCAUAUGAGAACACACAGUGGAGAAAAACACUUUGUCUGCUCAGUUUGUGGUAAAAGAUUCAUUCGAAAAAGUCAUUUGAUGACACAUACAACAACGCAUACUGGGGAGAAACCUUUCUCUUGCUCAUUUUGUGGUCAAAGAUUCACUCAAAAGGGAACUUUAACAAUUCAUACACGGCGACAUACUGGGGAAAAAACAUUUUCCUGCUUGGUUUGUGGCCAAAAAUUUGCUCAGCAGGGAAACUUAAAAAGACACAAAACCACACACACUGGGGAGAAACCUUUCUCCUGCCUAGUUUGUGGCCAAAAAUUUGCUCAUAAGGCAGCUCUGAAAAUGCACACAACAAAACACACCGGGGAGAACCCUUUUUCAUGCUCAUUUUGUGGCCAAAUUUUUACCCAAAUGGGGCACUUAAAAAGUCACACAAGAAUACACACUGGUGAGAAACCGUUCUCCUGCCCAGUUUGUGACCAAAAAUUUGCUCAGAAGGGUUACUUAAAAAUUCAUGCAAGAACCCACACAGGGGAGAAACCUUUUUCAUGCUCAGUUUGUGGCCAAAGAUUCACGAUUAAGGGGAACUUAAAAAAACACACACGAACACACACAGGAGAGAAGCCUUUCUCGUGCUCAGUUUGCGGUAAAAGAUUUGCCUGGAAGUUUCAGGUUAAAAAACACGAGUGUAUUGCUGUGAAAAGCAGUGACUGUUAAAGGGUUUUGCCUGUCAACCAAGUUGGGGUGAGUUGAUUGUAUUCUUUAGCCCUUCUUAGUUGUCAAUUUUGCCAAAUUACUGCAUUUGCUUGGUCUGUCAUCUUAUAUUAACUCAAAAGAACAACCUAACAAUAUAUAGAACAACACACGGGGAAAACCUUUUGCCUAAUCUGUGUGUUAGUACAGUUUCAAUUCCAAGCUGGUGAAGCGAAUGACAACACAUGGGUGAGAAAGUGUCCAAUUGCAGUAUGUGUGUGUGUGUGUGUGCGCGCGCGUGCGUGUGUGUGAGACGAAAGAUUGUCUCAUAAGUAUCCAGUUAAUAAACAAGGGUGUUUUGGGCCACGAGUGUUAGCAUUGACAAUUGGAUGAGAAUGAAGAAUUGUUUUGCUUGUGAAUUUGUGUUAAUAUUACUUGAAUACCUAAAAGUACUUCAUUACACUGAGUACCAUGGCCUAUGAGUUUAAACUUAUGUGGAGAAACCUCUCCAACAUGGCACUCCACUGAUACCAAUGAAAAUAAUGUAAAAAAAAAAAAAAAAAAAAAAAAGUUGUACACUACAUUGAAUAACAGUCAAUUGAAGACCUGAAUUUUGUUUUGAUUGGUAAAAAUUUACCAUGGAAAAAAAUGUCAAUUUUAAUAGAAAAUACUGUGAUUACUGUUUUAUGUAGUACAAUUGAAUAGUUACUAUGUAUAUAUGAAACGUUAUAAAAUAUUGUAUAUUACAUGUUUAGUACAACUAUAUACUGUAUUUUCAUAUUGAUGUGAUGUCAUGUAAUUUUAAAGAUGUAAGAUACUUUGAAAAGGGAUGGUAAUUACAAUAUGUUGCUCCACAAUAUCAAAAGUGACAUUUUGAGCUGAAAAAAAACUUGAAUAUUAUGUAUCUCUAAGUAUUGUUUAUCAUUGUUUUACAAAGAAAAAAAUACUGGCAAAUCUCAAAUUUGGAAAAGUUAGCAAAUUAUUCAGUUUUCUUUCUUAAUCCGGAGACUAAAAAUUGUUUAUUGUUUUAACCUUUUAUUUCUGCUUUUUAUUGAAAAAAAUUCCAAAAGAGUGAAAACUAAUCUUUUUCCUGUUUUCAUUUCAAAUAUCUUUAAGAAAUAAGAAAAGAACGGAAACAACAGUCAAAUUUUAUGUAUUUAAAUGAAUGCAAACAAGAAUAUGUACAGUACUACUAAAAAGCUCAAAUAAGGAUUCGGACCAUGUUUAGGUCAACAAUGUCUCUGAACAACAUUGGCAGCAUGAAUUGCUUUUUAUAACAGAUUUUUAUUUCUAAUGCUUACUCAUGUGAUAUUUUUUACUCAUUGGAUAUCAUUUUUUAAAAUAGUAUUUUAAUUAGUCUGAAGUUUGGAAUCAAUUCAACUCUCAUACACAAAUUAUUAUUAUUUUAACUCCUUUCAGGGCACUCAUUGAAUUGGUGAACUGUCCACCAUUGACGGAUGUCCAGCGCCUUCAGUGGCGCUGAAACAUUAGCAUUCACAGCCACUCCUCCCAGUUUAAAUGAAUUGGAUGUCUAGCGCCAAUGGCAACCAAUAAAUACAUACUGUAAAAUUGAAAAGAGUUAUUUGGGGCCAUAAUCAGAGUAUAUACAGUGGGGCAUAUAAGUAUUUAGUCAACCCCUAAUUGUGCAAGUUCUCCCACAAAUAUUAGGCCUGUAAUUGUCAACAUGGGUAAACCUCAACCAUGAGAGACAGAAUGUGGAAAAAACCAAAAUCACAUUGUUUGAUUUUUAAAGAAUUUAUUUGCAAAUCAUGGUUGAAAAUAAGUAUUUGGUCAAUACCAAAAGUUCAUCUCAAUACUUUGUUGUGCAAACAUUUUCUGUAACUCUUCACAAGCUUUUCGCACACUGUUGCUGGUAUUUUGGCCCAUUCCUCUAUGCAGAUCUCCUCUAGAGCAGUGAUGUUUUGGCGCUGUCGUUGGGCAACACAGACUUUCAACUCCCUCCACAGAUUUUCUAUGGGGUUGAGAUCUGGAGACUGGCUAGGCCACUCUAGGACCUUGAAAUGCUUCUUACGAAGCCACUCCUUUGUUGCCCUUGCUGUGUGUUUGGGAUCAUUGUCAUGCUGAAAGACCCACCCACAUCUCAUCUUCAAUGCCCUUGCUGAUGGAAGGAGAUUUUCACUCAAAAUCUCUUGAUACAUGGCCCCAUUCAUUCUUUCCUUUACACAGAUCAAUCGUCCUGGUCCUUUUGCAGAAAAACAGCCCCAAAGCAUGAUGUUUCUUCCCCCAUGCUUCACAGUGGGUAUGGUGUUCUUUGGAUCCAAUUCGGUAUUCUUUCUCCUCCAAACACGAGAACCUGUUUCUACCAAAAAGUUCUAUUUUGGUUUCAUCUGACCAUAACUCAUUUUCCCAGUCCUCUUCUGAAUCAUCCAAAUGCUCUCUAGCGAACCGCAGACGGGCCUGGACGUGUAUUUUCUUCAGCAGGGGGACACGUCUUGCAGUGCAGGAUCUAAGUCCCUGGCGGCGCAUUGUGUUACUGAUAGUAGCCUUUGUUACUGUGGUGCCAGCUCUCUGUAGGUCAUUCACUAGGUCCCCCCGUGUGGUUCUGGGAUUUUUGCUCACCGUUCUUGUUAUCAUUUUGAUGCCACGAUCGAGGGAGAUUAUUAGUGGUGUUGUAUGUCUUCCAUUUUCUAAUAAUUGCUCCCACAGUUGAUUUCUUUACACCAAGCGUUUUACCUAUUGCAGAUUCAGUCUUCCCAGCCUGGUGCAGGUCUACAAUUUUGUCUCUGGUGUCCUUCGACAGCUCUUUGGUCUUGGCCAUAGUGGAGUUCGGAGUGUGAUUGACUCCGUGUUCAACAUAAACACGUCCUACCACAACACAACCUGGGAGGUAUAUUCAAAUAGGAACUAAAAUUAUACACUGCAAAAUAUUGAAUAUAAAUGAAUACUGCAUCACAGUUGAGAACAUAAAUAAAUACCUAAAAUAAAUAAUAGCCUAUAUAAAUAAAAUAAAUUGAAAUGAGCUAAAACGCCAAUAAUGAAAUUAUAAUAAUAAUACACAAGUCCUGCUCACACUCCUCCGCUGCUACAAAAAGAAAUGUCCUCAUUUCACAUACAAUACUAGGCAAAAAAUAAAAUAAGCAGCAUGUUUGUAAAUGGUUUUUUUUUUUUCUCAUGUACUACCCCUGAAACAAUGUACUCACAUCACGGUAGCAGUACCAAUAAGAACAACUGACACACUGGAUAAACAAACCAUUCACAAAUAUGGCAUCAAGAAACAAAAUCCCUCAACCAUUGUGGCUGUCAAAUCCUGCGGCCAGCACGAGACACAACAGGAUGAGCCACGGGUGAAGUUGAAAGAAACACUGAGCCCAGAAACGGGAACCUGAAGAAGAAGAGGUAGAAGGAGAACUCGAAGGAUUAAUCUCCACUGCAGGUGUUGGCUUGACUGGCCAACUUUGAGGAGGCACAUGUGGUGGAGUAGGUGGACGAAAAGGCAGGACCCCUGACAAGGCAGAAAGGGGAGGAGGUGCCAUAGCAGCAGCAUCCAGUCCCAGUGAAUUCGUCUCACCCUGAUCCUGUAAAACACCUUUGAAAGCUUUGAGCCAAUUGUGGUGUACAGUCCAUGUCCUUGAAUUAUUGUUUCCAGGAUCAGAAAUCUCAUAACACCUGAAUGUCCAUCUUGUGACAGUCUUUUCAAAAAUAACAAACGGUCCUUUCCAUCCGGGAGCCAAUUUGUUCAUUUUGUUAGUGGGAUCGUCAAGGAUAACCAAGUCCCCUGGAUUAUGUGGGUGAAAAACAACUUUCUUAUCAAAUUGUGAUUCCUGACGCAAUUUACUCUGAGUGGAAUUGAAAGCUGCAUCAUUGAAAGCAUGUGACAAGCGUGCUGUCAAAUAGAAGGCAUAAGCUGCAGGUGUACGUAGGUGAAGUCACAGCAGGACUACAAUUCAACACAAUGUCAAGUGGCAAGUUUGGUUCCCUGCCGUGCACAAGAAAGAAUAGGAAAAACCCUGUACUAGACUCUACACUCAAAUUGUAUGCAAGUUCAACUUGGGGGAGGAACUUGUCCCAUUCACCACCAGACUGCGCUAUACAUUUAGCAAGUUGGUCUUUCAAAAUUCUAUUCAGACGUUCAACCAUGCCAUCAGACUGCGCAUGAUAUGGAGUUUUACGGGUUUUCGUGAUUCCCAACAUAUUGAACAGGUGUUUCACAAGGUCAGAUUCAAACUGUCUACCCUGGUCUGUGUGAAUUGACUCAGGUAACCCGUGUUGCCUAACAUAGUCCUCAAAAAUACAUUUUGCAACUGUAAUUGCACGUUGGUCUUUCAGAGGGAAAAAUAGUUUGCUAUGAGCAACACAUACCGAUUACCCUGGGAAGUAAUAGGCAGCUCAGUUAUGUCUGCUGCUACUUUUUGGAAAGGCCUGUCUGCAUGAAUUGACUGGAGUGGCGCACGUUCCCGUGGAACGGGAGAACCUAGUUUUUGACAAGGGAGGCACUCCGGACAAAAUGUGUGUACAUCACGAGACAUUUAUGGCGAAUAACAGAUGUGUCUGGCUCCUUGAAGCGUACACUCAGUGAUUAAAUGUCCAUUUAACUGAUUACCAUGUAAUGCAGCUAAGGCCGUGGGGAGAACCGUGGGGAGAAGUGCACUUGGCAAAACAACUUGAAAAGUUGUAGGUGAGUGUGGACUCGUUUUUAUCUUCCUACACAGAAUCCCAUGCCUAAUAGUAAGGUUAGGAAGGUCAUAGCUCACGCAAUGAAGAGGAGGAGUUUCUCAGCUGACCAAUAGGGGGCCUAGAGACACUGUGUCUUACCCAUGAAAAAACUGUACAAAGACAUUGAUCAUUUUGUUGCCGUCAUUUUAACUCUUCUGAGUCCAAAGAUAGUGAGUUAACAAUGUCUUGGUUCAGAUUUUCCUGAAGGAUGGCAUCUACAACAGAAUUUACGCCAGUGACAACAACUGAAACGCACUGCAUAGCUUUUUUUCCCUUUUUCUGUAUUUGGAUGUCUGGACAAGGCAUCAGCAUUGGUAUGCUGUUUACCAUCCCGAUGCAUGAUAGGGAAAUCAUUUAUGUCCAAUUCAAAAAUCCAUUUACUUCUUCUGCCUGUGUGAUCAUUGUCAACUGCAUGUUUCUUUAGACCCAAAAGAGGCGGGUACCUCGUAACCUGGGGACUACCUAUAUUGCCUGUUAUCAAAGUUGUCAUGAUUAGUUUGUGCUGGUGCAAAACAACAUGAUAAUAUAUAUUGCCAAAGUGCUAGAAAACUUCCUAUCUACAUUUUAUUUUUUUGUCUAUUCUAAUUAUCGCCAUAAAUAGACCUGUUCCUGAAAUGCACAUUUUGGCCAGCAAGUGGUGUCCAAUUUCCGCUAAAUUGCGAUAUUUUGGGAUUCCAUAAUCAAACAAUCGGCCUCAAAUUUUUGCCAAUAUGGUUAGCAAAUAUGUUGCGAUAUCGAUUUUAAUUAAUAACAUUGAUCUUAAAAGUAAACUAGUAACAAGUAUUGAUAAAUUAUUCGUCUUUACAUUUGAACAGAAAUAUGUAUGCUAUUGUGUGCUGCUUCUCUUUACACUAGAUUGUUUUAGUUUGUAGCACUUCUUGAUAAAUUGAAUGUUUGUGGGUGGUCAGUUACAUGUCAUUUAUGAAAUAAAGUGAGUGGAGCUGUCAUAAUAGUGGUAUGAUUUUUCACCAAAUAAUAAAAAUGUAUUGUAUCGUGAUCUAAAAUAGCCCAUAUUGUGAUCGAUUUUUUCCCCCCUGUGUCGCACAGCACUAUUUGGUGCACACAUGACGAUUGUAUGCUGGUCCUUUC